AUGUCAAUAAUAUUGAUACUAGUGUUCGCCUGCUUUUACAGAAUAAGUGCUGAACAUUUGAUGAGUAGUUCGGGAUGUCGUGGUCACAGUAUCUUAUUCAUAGCAGCAGUGAAUAUUCGAGACCAACAACAAGAAACGAUUCAACAAGAAACGCUCUCCUCCGAUGUUUCAAUGAAAUGUCCAAGAAAUGAACAGUUAAGCCGUUGUGGGACAGCAUGUGAACCGUCCUGCUUACGUCCAGCCCCGGAAGUAUGCAUUGAGGAGUGUUUUUUGGAUGGAUGCAGGUGCAAACCCGGCUUCUUCAGAAACUUCAGGAAUGAAUGUGUUCGAAGCUGUGCAGGAGAGCCUUGCGGUCCGAACAUGGAACGUUUAGGAUGUGGACUACCUGAGAGCUGCGAACCAGUUUGCACACCGGUAAAAAACCUGAAAUGUCGUAUGAGAUGCAUAAGAAAUGGAUGCCAGUGUAAACCCGGCUACAUUCGUAAUUUUCCAGGAGGAGAUUGCAUCCCAGUGCGUCAUUGCAAAUCACGAGUUUCUGUAAUCGAUGAUCAUAAAAUGCUUCACCGCCCAACCAACGAAAAUUUUACGUGA